CACCUUGAGAGGAAAUGCGAAUGAACAAGCAAAGAGGAGGAGGUGAAGGGAAAAUGACGCUGCAGCCGUGCUCCACAUAUCACAGCGGCAAACACCCGAAAUGCCACUUUGCACUGCUCUUCAUGAUAUGAUCAAUAAUGAUCAACACGUACCACAGCAGCAUGGCAUCGCUCCCUCCUCCGUUGCCCCCGCGCCGUUCUCAGGUGCUCGUCGAGCCUCAGGCCUCGUCCGCGCGCCGCAGCAAGACCUUGCUUCGCUCGCUUCUUGGAGUCGUCGUGCUGCAUUUUCUGCUGACGUCGGGGGGGUUCAUCUUCCUAUACUACACAAACAAAACGGAAACGACGCCACAAUUAUCUGGAGAUGCUCCUCAGCAUUCGUCCAGAACCUUGGCCCGCAUGAUUGUAGCAAAACCAAAGGACCUGUCUGCAUUGGAAUCAAGAUCAGGUAACCUGCAGUGGGACAUGAAACACUCGGUGCGAAACAACAUCAACUACUACCACAACAGCUGGCUGACGGCCCUGCAGCCUGGGGACUACGUGGUCUUCUCCAGGGUCACCUUCUCCAAGGCCGACCCGGUGAAGCCGCUAGCCAGUGCAGUCAAGUUGAGGCGUGGCGAGUCGGCCAAGGAGACGGUGGCCAUGGUUGCCUACUGCAGCCUCGACACCUCGGGGUCCGGGUCCAACCCCCAGUUGUGCACCGCAUCCAUGGGGGAGGUGAUGUCACUGGAGAGGGGGAACCAGCUCAGCUUGUGGGUGGAGGACCGGUCACUGGUGGACUACAGCCGGGCGGCUACCAGUUUUGGGAUGUACAAACUUUAAUAGUUUGGACGAGAGGACAAAACAUAAUUUAUUCCAUUACAAAAACCUUUUGGUUUGAUUGUUUUAAUCUGCUCUGGAAAAAUUAAGAGAUCAGUGCAAAAUAAUCCGUUUCUCUAUAAAAUGUCUACACACUCCUGUUAAAGUGGCACUUGUUUGUGAUUAAAAAUGAGACCACAUUAAAUAAUUUCUAAUUACUAACAAAUUAUAAACACACCUGUUUUACUUUGUAGACAAAGCCUUUUGGUUUUGUGGUAUUACUGGCUAUCUGGAACAAAUAAAUGAACCUUUUUUGUUUUUAUUCUAUAAUCAACAGAAAAUAUAAUUUGCCAAACCACACAUACAUUCAGCUGCUUUAUAAGUUUCCUGAACUUUUUGUUUUGUUUUGCUUUCUAGCAGAACCCUGAAUUUUCUAUUUUGCUAACACUGACUGCUAUUUGGAACGGCUCAUAUUACUUUUAUAUAAAAUGCCAAAUUGAAGAAUUCCACCACUACAAGCAUAAUAAUAAAUAUACAAUUAGAAAGGUU